CAUUUCUGCUUCAUUUGAUUAAUGUGCCAAGUUCUCUGCUUGCAUGAGAGAUUCAAAAACAACUUUUAUGUUGAAACAGAAUUUCAUUAUUUUACUCUUAUCCCUGACGGCUUUUGACCCGUCGACCGAGCUUCUUUCCUAUCAUAUGCUUUCCCCCAAAAUAUUUCCUUCUUAAACCCUCAAAACAAAGAUAGGUUGAUUCAUCAAAAACUUACCGUCCUGCCGUCUCCCUGUCUGGCCCCUUCCACCGGAUUUUCUCUCCGGAAACCAGGAACAGAGCACGCCACAGAGAGAGAGAGAGAGAACCCAUCUCUGCCUUAUUGGUAGAGAAGCGGCCGAAUAUGGGCACAGAGCUGGUCCUUCACCAGCCUCAUCAGCACCCUGAGACGGCGUCGCCGUCGCCUUCAAUGGGCAGCGAUAAGAAGGGAAGGGGUACCGUCGCCCGGAAAGGUUCGUCGAAGGACCGCCACACCAAGGUGAAUGGAAGGGGCCGGCGUGUAAGGAUGCCGGCGGUCUGCGCGGCCCGAAUCUUCCAGCUGACCAGAGAGCUCGGUCAUAAGUCGGACGGCGAGACCAUCGAGUGGCUCCUCCGGAUGGCGGAGCCAGCCAUAGUCGCCGCCACGGGCACGGGUACUGUUCCUUCCUUCUUCUCCGCCAUGUCAGGCCCCCUCGACGCCUCCCCACGAACCGCCACCGCUUCUUCCUCCCCUUCUCCCCCCUCUCCGAAUGCUUACGUGCCUGUGCUGCCGACACCGCCACCGCCACCUCACCUCUUUGCCUUCUCCAGCUACGAUGCGGCGACCAUUUGUCGGAUGGGCUUGGACUAUGCCGGAGGGGCCUUCCAGCAGAUGCCUUACAUGACCAUGCUACUCCAGCCGGUCUCGACAGAGGAGACGAAGCCCCAGAGAUUGCAAGACUGAGCGCUCUCUCCCUCUCUCUCGAAAAUUUCAUAAGCUGUCGUUUUUUUGAUAGGGAGCAACUGCUAUUGUCGAUGCAUCGGAUGGGACAAUUUUGUUUUCCUUUUUCCUAUUGACUUGUUAUUUUCUCCAUCUCUUUUAUCCGUAACAGUGAUCGCUCUCUCUCCCCAUCAUAUGGAGAAAAUUUUAUUUCUGAUUCCUACCUAUUGAAAUCUAUUCUCACUUGAAUCUUUCCUAAUGAGUUAUUGAUUGUUAACAUCACCAUUCAACCAAAUUUACCAGAUUUUCCAAAGUUUAAAAUGUCAUAAAUUUCAUGAUCACUGCACUCAGAAAAGGCAAUGUGAAAUAAGAAACCAAGAGGAAGCUGAGAGCGACUUGCCUGGUACAAUGUGGACCAUAUUCUAUGCCAAACCCGACAACCGGAGGCAUACGCAUAACGGCACUAAAGUCCGCCAAUUUGUCAUCGGUUUUCCACCUUUCUUCCAAAGGAAAAAAAAAAUGCAGGUCCUGGAACUGUUGACGUGGAAAAGCCAAAGAGUGUUUGUUCCUCGUAUAUGUACUUUGUUGAUGUAUUAGAGCUUCUUUUAUUUAAAAGGUGGAAGGUGCAGAUGAUUUUCCGUUA